CGAGCAAGGUGUCAAUUAAAUGACUUCUUGAUUGACACAUCUGAACACUUCUUCUUAUCCGUCCACCAUGAGUACAGCAUCUGGGAGCUACUCAUGGAUUCAAAAGCAUUUCUUAGCACGAGGGACCCUCAACUGGUCUCGGAUCUCUCCCAGGGGUUAUAUCCUAAAAUUCGAGGCGCGCAACCUUACACGACUUUGUUUUCAUCUUUGGAACGCUUAUGGGAUUGUCGCGCGAAAUUGUGCACAGAACGUCGAGAUGACAUUUUCUCGCUGCUAUCAGUAUCAAGCAACGGUCAUGAGAUGGCCAUGGACUAUAGUAUCUCAAGAGAGGAACUUGCCAUUCGAUUUCUCCACAUGGACGAAGAAAGUUUCUGUCUAUGCCAUGUUGCCAUGGUAUUCGAACAUAUAGAAGCGGAAAUUCUAAGAUCGAUCGAGUCCACAUGGCCCAACUACCUGAGUGAUUUCAUCGAGGUUCAAUCGCCUGUAACGUUAUCAUAUCAUGACCGUGUAUUAUUAUAGAUUCUGUCUUCUCAGAGCAAACCUACCCAGACGUGCGCCCUUCACAAGAAUCACUCUAUGAUUGUGGGGAGACUUCAGCCACUUUUGAAUAAAUUGCA